AUGAGGCCAAACCCUCCCUCGGCGCUCCUCAGCGCCUUUCAGGGGCUCAGGAUAGGACCAACCACACCGAUCAGGGCCCCUCUCCCAUCCGCAACCGUCCUCCGUCCCUCGGCCCCCAACACACCUGCAACAACUCUGCGACAUGCUCGAUUAUUCUCCGCGACAGCGGUCCGGGCGGGAUCAUGGCUGGAACCCAACCUCGAACGCAAAAAGAAGAUGAUGAAGGGGCGGCCUAGAGUGCCGACGGGCGGGUCGGUCAAAGGCACGACGGUAGUGUGGGGGGAUUACGGGUUGCGUAUGUUCGACCACCACCGCCGGAUUAGCGCCGCACAUCUCAAGAUGGCGGAGGACACGAUCAAGGCGAGGUUGCGUGGGCAAAAAUACCGGUUGUACAAGAGGGUGGCUUGCAACGUUGGUGUGUUUGUGAGCGGUAAUGAGAUGAGAAUGGGUAAAGGAAAAGGUUCUUUUGACCAUUGGGCGACCAGGGUUGCCGUAAACCAGAUUAUUUUUGAGAUCAGGGGGUUGGUGCACGAGAAGGUUAUCCGGGAUGCUUUCCGGCUUGCGGGCAACAAGCUGCCAGGGCAAUACGAGAUUGUGAAGAAGGGUGACCCGCCGGUUGUGGGAAUCACAAAGUUGGAUGGCCACCGGCCCAGAUCCCUGGAUGCACUCACAUAUCAUGAGGAGCUAUCGGAACGAUUGCGUUCGCUGGCACAAAGCGGCGAUUUCCCCCACCUCCUCGUGUACGGCCCGUCCGGCGCCGGCAAAAAGACACGGAUUGUCGCGACACUAAAAGAGCUUUUCGGCCCAGGCGUAGAGAAGAUCAAGAUCGAUGCGCGGGUGUUCCAGACCAGCAGCAACCGCAAGCUCGAAUUCAACAUCGUAGCGUCCGUCUACCACCUGGAGAUUACUCCCUCAGAUGUCGGCAACUACGACCGCGUAGUCGUCCAGGACUUGCUCAAGGAGGUUGCUCAGACACAACAAGUCGACCAAGCGGCGCGGCAGAAGUUCAAGGUGGUUGUCAUCAAUGAGGCCGACCACCUGAGCCGUGACGCCCAGGCGGCGCUGCGCCGGACGAUGGAGAAAUACUCGCCGAAUUUGCGGUUGAUUCUGUUGGCGAACUCGACGGCGAAUAUUAUUGCGCCGAUUCGGUCGCGUACGCUGCUGGUGCGGGUGGCGGCGCCAACACAUGAGGAUAUUAUUGGCGUACUGAGGGCGUCGGCGAAGAAGGAGGGGUGGCCGGUGGUUGAGGGGCUGCACAAGAAGAUUGCGGAAGAAAGUGGGAGGAAUUUGCGCAAGGCGCUGUUGAUGUUUGAGGCGGUACACGCGCAGAAUGAGAAAGUCACCGACACCACACCAAUACCGCCACCAGAUUGGGAGGCCCUCAUCGGGCAGAUUGCGAGGGAGAUUAUGGAGGAGCACACGCCAGCGAGGAUCCUGCAAGUCCGCUCGAAGCUCUAUGACUUGUUGACGCACUGCAUCCCCGCUACUACGAUCCUGAGGACGCUUACGUUCAAGUUGAUCCCGUUGAUCGACGAUGCGCUCAAGGCGGAUGUCAUCAAGUGGGCUGCUUUCUACGAGCACCGCAUCAAGACGGGGACGAAGGUUAUUUUCCACCUGGAGGCGUUCGUGGCCAAGUUUAUGAGGAUAUUUGAGAUGUACUUGAUGAGUAUGGAUAUGUAA